AGUGUGUGUCAGUGACCCAAAGGCGGUUAGAGGCGGAGGGACCGUUGGGGGCGCCGCCGCCGCCUCCUCUCCAGCGCCAGCACCAGCAGCGGGAGCAGCAGCAGCAGGAACAGCAGCAGCAGGAGCAGCGGCUGCAGCGGCUGUGCGGCGCCACCGGAUCUGCCUGCAGCCCGGGGAAGGCUCACCACAAAGCGGGCCCGCGCCUCUCUCCGGUCCGUGCUCCUCGGCGCUCGGCUCGGCUCGGCGUUCCACUCGGCCUCGCGGGGCUCGGCGGCUGGCGGGAAGGCGGCGGGCUCCGCGGGUGCCUGCGUUCAACCGGUGCUCGCGCCGCCCCCGCGCCCCUGGUGUCGGCGCUCCGGCUCCUCGCGGCGGGCCGAGCUGGCGUUCCGGCCCCCAGCCGUCGUCCGGAAAUAAUGCAAAAGGUGUCUCAAGGCUCCUGAUCAGUGAACAAAGAUUUGAGAAAGACAGCCAAGCUCAUGUUUUCUCCUGAUCAAGAAAACCAUCCUUCCAAAGCCCCAGUGAAAUAUGGUGAACUCAUUGUCUUAGGAUAUAAUGGGUCUCUCCCAAAUGGCGAUAGAGGAAGGAGGAAAAGUAGGUUUGCUUUGUUUAAAAGACCUAAGGCAAAUGGGGUGAAGCCCAGCACUGUGCAUAUUGCAUGUACUCCUCAGGCUGCCAAGGCAAUAAGCAACAAGGACCAGCAUAGCAUAUCGUAUACUUUGUCUCGAGCCCAGACAGUGGUGGUGGAAUAUACUCAUGACAGCAACACUGAUAUGUUUCAGAUUGGUCGGUCAACUGAAAGUCCUAUUGAUUUUGUAGUAACUGACACAGUUCCUGGAAGUCAGAGUAAUUCUGACACACAGUCAGUACAAAGCACUAUCUCAAGAUUUGCCUGUAGGAUCAUAUGUGAGCGCAAUCCCCCUUUUACUGCUCGGAUUUAUGCUGCAGGAUUUGAUUCAUCAAAAAACAUCUUUCUUGGGGAAAAGGCUGCCAAAUGGAAGACAUCUGAUGGGCAGAUGGAUGGCCUGACCACUAAUGGUGUUCUUGUGAUGCAUCCACGCAAUGGCUUCACAGAAGACUCCAAGCCUGGAAUAUGGAGAGAAAUAUCAGUAUGUGGGAAUGUGUUCAGUCUGCGAGAAACCAGAUCAGCCCAACAGAGAGGAAAGAUGGUGGAAAUUGAAACUAAUCAGCUACAAGAUGGCUCCUUAAUUGACCUUUGUGGUGCAACCUUGCUUUGGCGUACUGCAGAAGGCCUUUCCCACACUCCUACUGUGAAGCAUUUAGAAGCUUUAAGACAGGAAAUUAAUGCAGCUCGACCUCAGUGCCCUGUAGGGUUCAACACACUAGCCUUCCCCAGUAUGAAGAGGAAAGACGUUGUCGAUGAAAAACAACCGUGGGUAUAUCUAAACUGCGGCCAUGUUCAUGGUUAUCAUAACUGGGGAAACAAAGAAGAACGUGACGGAAAAGAUCGUGAAUGUCCUAUGUGUAGGUCUGUUGGUCCCUAUGUCCCUCUGUGGCUUGGAUGUGAAGCUGGAUUUUAUGUGGACGCCGGCCCUCCCACCCAUGCCUUUAGCCCUUGUGGGCACGUGUGUUCAGAAAAGACAACGGCCUAUUGGUCCCAGAUCCCACUUCCUCAUGGUACUCACACUUUUCACGCAGCCUGCCCCUUCUGUGCACAUCAGUUGGCUGGUGAACAAGGCUAUAUCAGACUCAUUUUCCAAGGACCUCUAGACUAACAGUGUCUGUAGGACUGCAUUAUAAAUUUAUAAGCUAAGGGAGUUGGGUUUUCCAACCCAUUGUCCAUGUAAGUUCCUCUGCUCUGGUCAUUUGCAUUAAGAUGAAGAAUUUUUUAAAAUAUUUAUAAUAGCAAUUUCUGAGAAAAAUCUGGGAACUCAAGCAAAGGAAUUUUUGAAAGUUCCAGACUUCUGAAUUCUGAGUUUUAAAACUAUAUUUUGAGGAGAAAAAGACAUAGUCUAAUCUGAUGCCUUCGUUUUAGUGUUUUUUGAAUCACCACCCAUCCUCAGUGCUGAGUUGUUCUGUAUAACUGAGGGUCUGUUGGUUCAAACUAUGUUAGUUUACAAUUUGUUGCAAACAUUGUAAAAUACAGCAACAUGUAUAUUAAUUUUUUCUAUUUAUCUUUAUCAUAGAAAAUACCUUAGAAUGUCAUGAUAGAAUAGCAUGGUGAUGAUGGCGUCACACACUUUGGUGUGAAAUAGUUUAGUGGGCGCAUAGCUCAAAGGAUUUGCAGUUAAGAAGAAAGACGAGAGCUUCCUUCCCCAGGCACAUAUAAGUAGGGAAUUUGAUGAAUUAGAGUAUUUCAUAAAACCAGAUUCACAUUAAUUACAUUGUCUAAGAGGUGUUUGUUUUUAACCACAUUGAAGUUAAUCGGAAAAUGUUUUUUCCUUAAUGUUUCUCUCAAGUGUAGUACUAUAACAAAAGCUAAUGCUAAGAGACAUUUUAUAUGCUCCUUUGAAUAUGCAAUCUAAUCUAGAUGAUCUAUUUUUCUCCCGUGGUAACUGAUCUGUUUUUAGUGCCAGCGACAUUUGGCAAGUUUAUUUUUUUGGAUAUAAACUGUGGUUCAUCUGUUCACUGUUUCUAAAAAAAAAGAAAAGAAAAAAGAAAAAAAUCCUAUGAGAAAGUGCAUAAAUUAACAAGAAAUUAACAGGAAAAUUACUUGAUUUGCUUUUAAAAAAAUGAAAUAAAAGUAUUUAGUUAAUUACUCUGUAUUUGGUUAUUCCAGGCAUCAGAAACCUAGAGCUCAAAGGGUUGAAUGACAGCAGUCCCUCCCUUUCACCCCGCAGACCAGCCUUAACUCUGGGCUCGACUCCUGAGACAGCGGAGGAGGACACACCGCAGGGUCUCUUAGUUCUCUGAUCCCAGUAUGUGCUUUGCAAGACAGUUUCUUCUUACCCUAGCCUUUUUAAAUGCCCCAGACGUACAAACAGUUGCACUACACCAAACCCUUUUAACACUUGUAGAAAUCAGUGUACAUUAGAUUAGACAAAGUCACCUUUCAGUCUUUUGAUUUCUUUUCCUUUAGUUUGAAAAAUUGUAUAAUACUUAAUUGACUAUUGUCAAAUUUUUAUAUGUGGUAGUAUAGCUUUAAUUUAUCUUACUACAUCAAUGUUUUGAUUUUCUUAAGUAAGACAAAAAAGUCACUUAGAAGCCAUGAACUAUUUUAUUUUAUUUGAUUGUCAAAAUUCUUUGUUUUGAAAAUGAUCAUUUGGGUUCACUCAGGAAAUGCAUGUCAAGAAAUUUGUAUUAUAAGUUAGCUGUGAUGUAUCAGUAACUGCUGGUUAUUACCCUUUUUUCGAAGAAAUUUAAUUGAUUUUGACGUUUUCUAGUCACAUGCUUUGUGACUGAUGCAAGGAAAUCGAGUCCUGUGUUGUGUUUGUUCUUGUCACUUCUGUUGAGGCUAUAUAUUGUAGCUUAAUUUUUAUUUGCAAUUAAUUUAUUCAAACUAAGUAAAUACUUUUCAAAAUAGA